CAGAUCAAUAAUUACUUUGGCAAACAGCAUUAAAAGGGCAUCUGGAGAUCUUCUCCAUUCAUUCGGUCACACUGGAGAACACGUUAAGAGAAUAGAAGUUGCGUUGCGUUCAAUAAUCUUCAGUACAGAAGAAGAGACGAUGGAUAGAAGUUAUUUUGGUGAGCCAAGCUUGGCGUAUGGAAGAUCUGGGUCUUCAAGGAAAGGUAAGAAGAGCAACUCAGACAAGCCAAAGCAACCACAGAGAGGCCUUGGAGUGGCUCAGCUAGAGAAGAUUAUAUUACAUAACCAAAUGAGUUCAAGCUAUUUUACAUCCCUUCACAGCCCCUACUACACUAAUCUGAACCAGGAGGAGGAUGCGAGGAUGGGCACAACAUACUCGUCCAUUCCAUCUUCAUCUUCAUCAUCCCUUUCUUAUUCACCAUCAUCGUCAUCGUCAUCUUUUGCCUUUCAACCAAACAUCAUGAUGGGUAUGGGGGAGAUGGAAGCGAUGGAUAUGAGAUAUGGUGAUUCGCAGUAUGGUACUACAGCAUCUGGAUGGAACUACAGCAAUGGUAUCUUGGAGACCCAACAUAGCACCGUGCCACCAAGCGUGACUAGACAUCUUUUGACCCUUAGUGUGGAGGAUUCGGUGCAGAAGAAGAGAAGGAAAGACCGUUGUGACUCAAUGGGUUCAAGCAGUCAGAACUCCGAUUCAAGUGACACCAGAGAAGUAGAUUUGGAACUCAGGCUAUCACUCUAAUUUGCUAUGAUGUUCGAUUCAAAUUGAUGGGUUUAAUUUUCUUUCUUUUUUUUUUUCCUUUUUCUUCUUCUUUCUUGUGAUUUAACCUCUACUAGGGAGUUCAGCAUAAGUGCAUAACCAAUUGGGUUUUCAGAACUCACAAGAGUUAAGCUAGUUGACGUACAGGCUUGUUGUUUUAUUUGUCAAGUGCAAGGAAACUUCUGUAAUGAAUUAAGCAGGUACAGUACCGUUAAUGCAUAAUA